AUGACUGAUAAAACAAAGGCGCCGGGGCCGGAUGGGAUAAAUGCCGGGGUGCUAACAACUCUUUGGCCAGAGAUAAAAAUGGAGGUCUUAAAGGUUUUCAAUGACUUCCAUAGAGAUGGGAAACUACCUUCAGGGAGCAAUUCUUCGUUUAUUGCCUUGAUUCCAAAGUCCCCUAAUGCACUGCACCCAUCUCAAUUUCGACCAAUAAGUCUCAUGAAUGCUUUGCUAAAGCUACUAACCAAAGUCAUGGCUAAUCGACUAAAACCUUUUAUGCCACAUUUGGUCUCGCAGCAUCAAACGGCGUUUAUUAAGGGACGCCAAAUAACUGAUGGAAUCCUUAUCACAAGUGAAUUGGUAGCUCUUCUUAAAAAUCAAAAAACUUCGGGUCUCAUUUUCAAAAUAGAUUUUGAAAAAGCUUUUGACCGAGUUAAGUGGGAUUAUGUUUAUGAAACGCUCUCCUCCAUGAAUUUUGGUUCUAGAUGGAUUACUUGGAUCCAGAAAUUAUUUGAAUCAUCUCGUAUUUCGGUCCUAGUAAACGGAGCCCCUUCUGAAGAGUUCAUCCCGUCAAGGGGCCUGAGACAAGGCGACCCCUUGUCUCCAUUGCUCUUCGAUUUAGUGGGAGAAGGGUUGUCAACCCUUCUAAUGCAGGGGAUUCGAUGUGAUAUUUUUCGAGGAAUUUCCAUUAAAGGAGUGCCAAAUCAGAUCUCCCAUCUGCAGUUUGCAGAUGAUGUCAUUUUAUUCAUAAAUAAUGACGACAGCUCGGUUGUGGGAAUUAAAAGAAUCUUGCAGUGCUUCCAAAUAAUAUCAGGUAUGAAAGUCAAUUUUACUAAAAGCCAGAUAUUUGGGUUUCAUGCCCCGGAGACUCAGAUACGUAGAUGGGCUUCAGUUUUAAAUUGCAUGCAUGGUGAACUACCAUUUACGUACCUGGGUGCAACGAUUGGUACCUCGCCUACAUCAAUUAAAUUCUGGGACCCACUGUUACUCAAGCUUAAAAGGAAGCUCAAUGCUUUUGAAGCAUCAAACAUCUCUAUGGCUGGGCGAUUAGUGCUUCUUAAAGCAGCAUUAGAUAGCACACCUGUCUACUGGCUUAGUUUGUAUAAACUACCGGUUUCAGUUGCCAACAGCAUAGAAAGGAUUCGUAGGCGAUUCUUGUGGGGAGAAUCCUCCGAGACACACCGAAAAUUGCACUUGAUUGGUUGGGAUCGAAUAUGUAAAAAUAAGCAGGAAGGUGGUCUAGGGAUAGUACCAGUGAAGCAACGUAAUGAUGUUCUUCUGGCCAAGUGGUGGUGGAGGGCUUACCAGGAGCGUGGUUCCUAUUGGAAUAAAUUCUUUGUGUGCUGCUAUGGACCAAAAUGGAAUUAUGAUUUGGGGGGAGUAGAUUUAAGUGUCUGUUCUCCAACAGUUCGUAGUGUGCUUUCCAUACGGAAUGCAGGCCAAUGUACUUUAGUCUCGGAUAGGACUAAAUAUCGCUGGUCCUGUGGAAAUGGAAAGAAGGUGUUCUUUUGGGAAGAUAUUUGGUUGUCCGAUAAACCUCUUGCAGAAUGCUUUCCAAUUCUAUACAGUAAAUCAAUAAUGCAGCACUCCACUGUAAAUGAAAUGCUAACUUUGCUGCACUCCUCCUCUUCUGAAAAAUCUCUGUGGUUAAGUGAACUGCUUCCAGAGGAACAAGGGAGUUACUCUAUGCUCCUGAUUCUAACAGAAGGGAUUGUGUUACAGGACAAGACGGACCGGCUUUGCUGGGUCCCAUCGGGUGGAGCUUUUAGUACCAUUGUGGCAAACAAGAUAAUGUUUUGUCAGUCGAACAGCAGUGGAGAGCACUCAAAAUCAUGGAUUCUGAUCUGGAAACUAAAAAUUCCCCCAAAAAUCUCUAUUUUCUUAUGGAAGAUGAACUGGGGAGUUCUGCCGACAAAGCAUUUCCUCAGUCAAAAAUUGAAAGACUUAGUUCCUUUGUGCUCAUGGUGCGGUCAGAAGUCAGAAACUUUAGUCCAUCUGUUUAUGGAAUGUGAGUUGGCAGUUUGGGCUUGGAAAUAUAUUCAACUGUGGUGGAGUCUAAAGCACUCUACAAUAUUCAAGUUUGGUCUAUGCCUGCCAUAUAUCUUCAAAAUUUACAAGGAUAAGUUUGUUCGAAGAAUUUGGCAAAUUGUUGUGGCUGCAACCCUAUGGUCAAUCUGGCUUGCCCGGAAUGAAUUUAUCUUCAACAAAGUUAAGAUCAAGAAGACGGAACUUCAGCAACUGAUUUUUCUCAGAAUUUCGAAGUGGGGGUUGGCUUCAAAAACAAUAUUGUUUACGCAUGUACCGUUAUGGAGGGUGAAUCCUGUGGGCCUUAUACAUGUGCAGCAUUAUUUGGACGUGUCAAACUUCUGGACAAUUCGACGAGAAAAUUUCAACACAGUUUGCAUGGUUGACGCUGCAUGGAAAAUGUGUGCGCGUGGGGGUAUAAGGGGGGGUAUUGGCGGAGUGAUGGUAAAUAAAGAGGGGAAAAGGUUCUAUCGUUUCUCUGGCCCCUCUACUGCUCAGAAUAUUCAGGAAGCAGAAAUUUCUGCUAUAUUGCAUGCACUUUCAAUUAUUAGGGGAUCCUUCAUCGAUAUGGGAAAGGUGGUACUGUGCUCGGAUUCUUCUAUAGCCAUCAAUGCGAUAUAUGAGGGCCUGGACAAGAAUUUCCCUCUACUGGAACCUGAUUUUGACGUCAAAUGCCUUCUGCAUGGCUCAGUUUGUAUUCAUUUUGUCCCCUCGAGUAUUAAUGAAGAAGCAGAUGGCUUGGCAAAGAACGGAAUAGACAGGCAGUUUUUAUGGGAACAUUGGGCCACAUCUUUUUCUUAA